AUGUCAGCUUUAAAACAAGCCUUGGAUUCUCUGAAACCUUCCUGUGAAGGCGAACAAGCGUCAACCUCACUGAACUUCAAGCCAGAAGCCCCAAGUUGCUCCGAGUUUCUGACACAGCUUUGUCAACAGUUUAUGGCUCAAAAUGAGUCAGCUUUAUCCAUGUUCAACCACUCGAAUGUAGACGACAUGCCAGUGUUAUCAAAGUCCGAGGAACCAUCAGCUUCAGGGCAUCCCAGCCACGGGAUUCUGAUUCCCUCAAAAAAGCGAACCAACUCGAACUUUGCCUACACAAUGACGUUGGAAGGCUACACAUAUCAUGUUUGUUAUCGACGUCAAACCCCGCGAGGAGAACGAGUGUAUUGGCGUUGUCAGCUGAGAUCAGGAUGUAAAGCAAGGCUCAUUACUAAUCUAUCUGGAAAAAUCAUGCAAUUCACCAACUCGGAACACACUCACGACCCUCCAAAAGGUGGUAGAAUUGACAAGAGUACUAUCGUCAAAGCUCCAGGAUCUAAGAAGAAAAGUAACAAGUCGAGCGAGAGCAGUUUCCUCAACUUCCCGUCGGACAUCACCAUGGAUAAUAUCGAGAAGCCAAAAGAGCCGAUCAGCAUGGUUGUGGACGAACCAACGGAUUACACUGCUGUUCUACAACAUAUUUUGAAGAUGUCAAGUCAGGAGGAGUUUGAUAUGGACUUUGUGAAAGGGAUCAACUCGACCAAUCAAUCUCCUGAACCUUCGGAUACCAGCUCAAGUGAUCAACAUUCUGUGAAUGGUGAAGUUAUCGUACGUUUUUUAAUGAUUUCUGUAUGUUAAAAGGUUGAGAAUUGUUUGAUGAUGCUGUAGAAAAGUAUUGGCUUUGAAAUAAGGUCGAAUUUUGGGUUUGGAGGCUAAUAUUAUGUUACACUGGAAACGUUGAUGUAACUUUUAAAGAAAGCUCUAUCUUAGUUUCCAAAAAAUGUCAAACCCAUGUAUCUUGUACUCAAGUUGUAGUACACACCAUUAUGUUAGUUUUAGAUUACAAAAAGUUUUAUUGUAGUAGGUAAUAUCACCUGGUCUUCAACGCAAAAUUGUACUUAAAUUAAGCUCAAACGCUUAUAUUAAGACCGAGAAUUACAACCAUGACAUGAUAUUGUACUAAAUUUCAAAAAAACUGCAAAAUUAGUAGGUAUAGGGUUGUAAACAUCUAUAGUAACAAAAACAAGAUGUACAACAUAUUAUUUGGAAAAACACGAGAAAAGAAACAAUUUUUAAUUAUAGUUUGUACUAAUUUUUAACAUACCGAGCAGGUUUUUGGUUUUGUGCUAUCGUUUAAUUAUUAUUCAAGUCUUAAUUAUGAAUGUUUGGUGGAGAUCUGGCUUGUUUUUCAUGAAUAACAUGGUAAAUUUAUCAAAAUUUUUAAAGAAAUAUUGCAAAUCGAGUAAAAGCUAUCUAAGAUAAAUUCGUAAUCUAAAUCACAAUACGAAAAUGCCAUAGUAUACCACUGUAAAUGAAAACACACGGCUUCCUGACGUAUAUUUCUGUCGUCAAAUCCGCAGGUCGCGCGGUCAAGGGCGCGAGUCAACGAAGACUUGUUGAUUUCCUGGAGGCGAAAACCAAAGGUUUUGCUCAAAGCUUGGAAUUUUGGAGCUUUUUUCGAUAAAAUUUUACAAAUAAAAGUAAUUUCUUGGAAUUUAUGGUUUGUUUUGGAGCUUUUUUGUUUAUUUUUGGGCUUAUUUUAGAGAAAUUUAGGGUGUAAUGAAGGUUUUUAAUUAUUUUAGUUGAAAUGUAGGUUAUAUCAACGGAAAUUGGCUGGAUGUUGAAGUAGUUUGAUGUUUCUGAGCUGUAGGGUAGUGAACUAGGAUUAUGUAAAUGAUUGGAAUUUCAAAAAUUUGAAAAUUUUAUUUUUGAAAAAUUUGUUACCUAAAAUAUUGCUAAAGCUUGAAUGUACUCUAAAAUUGUGCUUUAAGUUACGUUUCAGCUAUUUUUGGUCAAAAUAAUGUAUAUUUCAUUUUUUUUCAAGAAUCUGAGGGAUAUUUAUAAAUUCAUACCUAAAGUAAUAUAAAAGCCAUUAAAAAGCUCAGAAGCUUCAGUUUUGUAAAAUAUUGGUCAAAAAUGAUAGCCAUAUACUAUUUUUUUUUAUUAAUGUAUAAUCAAUUUUUAUUUUCAGCCAUCCGCUAUGACCGUAGAAGACCGUGCCGAGCACCUUAACCCACUAGUUGAAUCCGGCUGGUCGACAGUGCCAAACAGAGACGCGAUCAAGAAGAAGUUCACGUUUGUCGACUUCAACACGGCCUUUGCCUUCAUGACAGCUGUGGCAUUGUACGCGGACAAGCACGAUCAUCACCCGGAAUGGUUCAACGUUUACAAUCAGGUAGGUGUCUAUGUUAAUAUAGCUUCUUUUUGGUUUUGGGGGAAUAUUAUGGAUGUUUUUGUGGGUUUUUUGAUUUUUAUGGGUUUGAGAGGUCAUGAGGGAUGAAUUGCAGUUUAAAAUUUGCGUUAAAAACUAUGUUAAAAGAUGUAAGAUGGCAGUAAAAGUUGAAAUAUUGUUGAUUAUUAUGAAAAUUUUUGAUUUUUUAACUACUUUUAGGCUUAUUUUGAAGUUUUUUGAUCUAAAUUUAGUUUUCUUAAAGUCUUUAAAUAAGUAAAAUGUCAAUUAUUGUACAAAUUUCCAGGUUGAAAUCACGCUGAGCUCUCACGACGCCAAUGGAGUCACACAACGAGACAUUAGAUUAGCCAACUUUAUCGAAACUACUUACAAAAAGUUUGCCAACUAA